AUGUCGAUAAUGUCGAUAAUUGACAAAUGGUUCACAAGAAGGUUGGCCAAAAUAAACGAAUCGAUAUGGACAAGGUUAUUUAUUUUAACAUCACUCAUGCAAACUAUAUUAGUUAUAGUAUUAGAAACUCGGGUAUUUGAACGAAAUAAUUCGAUAAGAUUAUAUGUUAAGAGUUUUCAAAACACCGGUGAUUUAACAUGUAAAUUUGAUUCUGCUGACCAACGAAUGUUACGUAUCGAACAAGAAAAUUUUAUUUUUAUAAUUUUUCAGCUUUAUCAAUUGUGGUUUUGUUUUAAUGCGGUUCAAAUUGCGGAGGUUAAAAUUUGGUACACAGACUUGAACAAUUCCUGUUCACAAAAGUUCACAAAACAAACAAACACAAGGUUAUACGAUUUACCUUUAAUAAUAACUCUAGUUACAUUUUUAUUACUUAUGGGAUUUCUUGCAUUUAAAUUAUAUCAACAAUUUGGAUGGAAAAUUUAUAAAAAGAUCGGUGGAAGUCUCAAAAUACAAACGAUAUACCGAAGACAACUCAUUCUUGUGAUCUUACUUAAAGUUGAUCUGAUCUUUCUUCUAUUAUUUGCCAUUGAAUCCUGGAUGACAUUCGCCUUGGAGACUAAAACAAGCCAACUAGAACAUCUUUAUUAUGUUCCAAGAAUAAUUUAUUAUUUUCAUAGGAUUGCAACAUUUUUAAUUAUUAUCUUGGAGAUUAUUGCAUAUCGAAGUAUAAAAAAUGAAUGUAGAUGUGGAAUGUUGAUAUUCAUAUUUCUAUGGAUGGCAGUGAUAGCUAAUUUAAUCUUGGUAUUAAUAUUUUCCAUUCGAACUGCAGAAGACAGUUGGUAUUUCCUCAUAGUUUUUGUUAGUGUUUCCAUCGUAAUAUCAACUAUCACCUGGGUGUAUAGCAUACUUGUUACCAAAGACUUUGGGAGCGGGUUAAAAGAAAUUCUAAUACAAUACAAAGAAAAAUCCUCCCAGGUUACAAUAGAUGAUGGAUCCGAAUCGCCGAGACGUAUUUCUAUUGAUUAG